UGUUAUUGUCCGUUUAUGGAGGCUAGUCUGAGUAGCGUUCCAAACAUAACCUUAAAUUUUAAUCUGCAUGUGAUUCAAUCAUGAUUCAAUGCGUUAGGUAGUGUGAAGAAAUAUGCGUGAAACUGCUUACUAUACUUUUGUCAACUGACUGCUCCGUAGAAAAAAAGUAGCGUAUAGCACCUAGACGGACGAAAUAGUGAAAAAUCAAUUGAAAUCAAGUUGCUUUUUGCGAUUGCAUAACGAGAAACCACGCAUCAAACGGUCCACUGAUCCAUAAGUCGAUGUUUGGGUCAGUAAAUUGAACGUUACACAAAUACUUCAAAAAUGUCUGAAAUGGAAGUGCAUGCCUUCAUGAAUAAAAAUGAAUUGAAUGAAAAUGCAGUCAGCGAUGUAGCUGAACAUUCUCAGGAUUCCCAAGAAGAAAUUGACAGCGUUCCUCAUGGUGACGAGGAACAAAAAGAGAAAUUAUUAAAACUCCCACUGAGUAGAGUUAAAGCAAUAGUGAAACUGGAUCCGGAUGUAAAUUUGAUCACUCAAGAGGCUGUAUUUCUGAUAACAAAAUCAGCGGAACUUUUCAUUGACUCCCUAGCAAAAGAGUCCUACAAGUACACAGCACAGAACAAGAAAAAGACUGUGCAAAAACGAGAUGUCGAAAUCGCCAUUGAGAAUGUCGACGCAUUGGUGUUUCUAGAAGGCGCAUUAGAGUGACUUUGAAUCUUUUUUAUACUAGCUUUAACACUUACAUGUCACUCAUGCGGCUGACUGAGAUGAUUUUCUUAUUUGAACCGAUAUAUUGCGCAUGAAACAAAAUUAUGUUAUGUCAUGUAAUUAUUAAGAUAAGUAUUUAACUUCGUUAAUUCAUACAAUAAUUGAAGUUCUUAUAAUAACAUUU